AAACGGUAGCAAAGUUAACACGAAACAGUAGAGCGCAAAACUAACACGUUCUGUAAUAGAAAAAUUGAACUUACAACACUUGGAGAGUUUGUUUUUGUUCACUAAUUUUUGAAAACACACUGUUGAAUAAUUGGUAAGGAGUAUAUAGUCGAAAUGGCGCUUGCCGUACCGGUGAUACAGAACGCAAGAGCCGUGCUCGAAGACACAUCAGUAAGUCAAGAUUGUCAACUCAUCUCCUCUACUGUUCAAACGAUGACUCGACCAGAAAAUAGAUCAGUGAUGAACGUACAGAAUGGCACUGAAGAAUGGCAACAGACAAGAUGGGAGAUGGAUAAAUAUCUUUGUUGUGCUCAGUCACCAGUUAAUCCGUCCAUCGCCAACUUGAGGAAAAGAAAAUUUCGUCGCGAAAGCGCGAAUGUUGUAAACGAGUUCUUCACGUUCGAUGACGAAUUAGACGACAAAGAUGGCGUUCUGUGUGACAAAGUAUUCGUUACUUCCUGCGACGGAUCUUAUCCAGUUUCUUCGUCGUCGAUAAUACAACAGACAAUACAUCAGAACACUGUGUUAAAUAUAAAUUCGAAUCUUUCUCGACAAAUCAAAGUUAUUCCCCCACCGAGUGACUACACUGUGAUUUUCCCUCCAACGCCGCCAAAUUCGAACCCUGGAUCUCCGGAACAAGCACAGAUUAUUUUGAGUAGUCAUCCUCUUGGACCUCCACCUCCUUAUCAACCACCACAGACUGUCCUCAUUAAUAGUGGUAACAGACGCAACUCUCCCGACUUGCAACGACGAAGGAUACACCAUUGUGAUCAUCCAGGUUGCAAGAAGGUCUACACGAAAAGCUCGCAUCUUAAAGCCCACAUGAGAACGCAUACAGGAGAAAAACCUUAUAAAUGUUCGUGGGAAGGUUGUGAAUGGAGGUUUGCGAGGUCUGAUGAACUUACGAGGCAUUAUAGAAAGCAUACUGGAGACAAGCCAUUCAAAUGUCAACACUGUGAUAGAGCUUUUGCAAGAUCUGAUCAUUUGGCCCUACACAUGAAAAGGCAUCAGCCUCAACACACGCAUUAAAGACUCAGAUAUUUUAGAACCAAUGUUGAUUUAUAGACAUAAACAGUGAAGCCAUCAAGAGGAGAUCAGUUAAAGAUUGAUUUGCAAAGAGUUAACGUCGAACCAGGGCAUGUCUGCGAACAUUACAGUUGUAAAGUUACUGUUCAUGCAUCAACAUCAAUUACUGUUAAACUUGACGAACUGAGUUACGUUAAUCUCAGAGACAUCAAAACCACAAUCGAAAAAUAUUAUUUAUUGCAUUUUAACACGAUUUUGAAGGUYGUGUUGUUAUCAUUAAAAGCGAAAUAGCUGAAAAGCUAAAUGUAUAUAAUCUUGUAAAGAAAACUUGAAGCAUUUUACAGUUCAAAAAUUGAGAUAACAGAAGAAAACCAGAGAAUAUGUAUUUUAUGUAAUUGAAAAGUUAGAUAUAUAUAUUAAAUUGAUAUUUAUAUGAA